AUGAGGGGUCCCGCUGCCCUGAGACCUCAGGGAGCAGGGCUCCUGCUUGUCACAGGGUGUGGGGGACUUCUGAGGGGCUCUGCAGAGUGGAGCCCGUCCCUGGGCCUGGCGCCACAAGAAAGCCUGGGUCCCCAACUCCCCUGUCCCCUGGGCCUUGCAACUUCCUCCGCCUCUCCUUCAGCAGGCUCUGGGAAGGCCUCUCCUUGGCACGGCCUCCCCUUCGGCCACACCACCCACCCUCGCACAUACACAGACAACGGAUUCCCCCCCACCCACCUGUGGCUCCCGGAGCCCAAAGACCUGCAGUGCAGGGGCUGGUCCCACUGCGCUGGUCCUGCUCGCAGCCGGGCUGCCAGGCCCAGGGUCCUCGGGGACACCUGUCAGACUGGGGCCCUCGGGUCUCCUGCUGGCAUCCAGCUUGUGAUGAGGCCCAGACACCAGACCAGGAAGGGCUCCUUUGAAAUCUGGGACCAUGAGUGCAGAGACCUCACCUGGCCAGGGGCCUCCGUGGGUGAACCUCAGUCUGACCAGGUGAAGCUGCAGGACAGCUAUGGACACGCCCCGUGCUGA